AUGCCACACAACGCAAUCUUUGCCACAAAACGCAACCAAUGCCAUACAAAGCAUCACACAAAAGCCGUACAACGUAGCCAGAGCCACAAAAAGCAACCAGAGCCACACAACUCAGUCAGAACCACACAAAGCAAUCAAUGCCACACAACACAGUCAGAGCCACACAAAGCAACCAGUUCCACACAACUCAGUCAGAGCCACACAAAGCAACAAAUGCCAUACAACACAACCAAUGCCACACAACACAGCCAGAGCCACAUACCAAAUCCAAUGCCACAAAAGACCUAUACAAAGCAACCAAUGCCACACAACGCAAUCUUAGCUACACAACGCAAUUCCAUACAAAGCAGCCAAUGCUACACAAAGCAACCAAUGCCGCCCACCGCAGCCAGAGCCACACAACGCAACCAAUGCCAUACAACGCAGCCAGAGUCACACAAAGCAACCAGUACCACACAACACAUUCUGAACCACACAACGCUACCAAAUCCAUACAAAUCAGCCAGAGCAAGAAAAAGCAACCAAUGCCGCACAACGCAACCAGAGCCAGACAACACAAACAAUGCCAACGUAACCAAUGCCACAUACCGCAGUGCCGGACAACGCAGCCAGAGCCACAUAACGCAACUAUUGUCACACAACUCGGUCAGAGCUACACAAAUUAAGCAACCAAUGCCACACAACGCAGCCAGAACCACACAACGCAACCAAUGCCAUACAAAGCAGCCAGAGUCACACAACGCAACCAAUGCCACACAACGCAGCCGGAGCCACACAACGCAACUAAUAACACACAACGCAGCCAGAGCCACAUAA